CUCACCUUGAUUCGUCGAUUAGAAUUCAUCAUCGGAAUAUAUUCAUCCCGUUGCCCGAACCGAUACGGCUGCCCAAAUUGCCCCCGCUGCCCGGAAUGGCUGGAACACAGAGGGGGGGUCGCCGGAACUGCUGGGGCCGUUCGCCGGAACAGAGAACAUCCCCGCCGGAGUCAGAAUCGUUAGCCGGCGCUGGACUUGCUGGUCUACCGGCACCCUCUCGUCGUCCACCGGAGACAUUGGGGUCGCCAGCGCAGGACUUCGUCUCUCGCCGAUUGAGACAUCGCCGGCCUAGAUCGUUGCCCCUCGUCACUGUCCACGCCGGAGCUCCAAUCUCCGCCGGUUGUCAUCGUCGGAUCUGCUCGCCUCGCUGCCAAAUCCCUAGGCCGCCGUGGUCACGAGCUUUGGGUCGCCGGUGGGAGUCGCUGUCCCGGUCAGCGUCGCCGUGCCCUGUGCUGCUGUGACGGAUCGAAGAAGAAGGAGGAGGAUGGCGGCGGUUGAGUCAAAGAAGAAGAAGAAAACGGGAGAGGGAGUAUUUAUAUUUCUAAGGUUUCUUGUUUUGAUUAUACUUCUUUAAUAAUGUUCUGCAUAUGGG